GCGCUCCAGCCGUCCGGAGGUGCCUGCCCAGCCCAGCCCCAGCCCAGCCCGGCCCCGCCGGCCGCGGUGCCCGCCCGCCCCGGCCCGGCGGAGUGAGGCAGUGGGCACCCACCAGCCGGGGCGUCGGCCCUCGGGGCUGCCCAGCACCCCGCAGGGUGCGCGGGGGCGCUCAGCGCUUCCCUCAGCCCUGACAGGAUGCUGCCUUCCUCCCGGACCCAGAUGGGGCUCUUCUUCAUCCUCCUCUGCCCCGCCAACAUCAUCGGGCUUUGGUGUGGGGAGCCCCCUGGUCAUGGACCCCAACAGCAUCUGCCGAAAGACAAAGCGUCUGGCGGGGAAGCAGGCGGAGCUGUGCCAGCUGGAGCCGGAGAUCGUGCAGGAGGUGGCCAAGGGCACCAAGCUGGGCGUCCGAGAGUGCCAGUACCAAUUCCGCUUCCGCCGUUGGAACUGCACCAGCCACAGCAAAUACUUUGGCAAGAUCCUGCAGCAGGAUAUCCGGGAGACAGCCUUCGUGUAUGCCAUCACGGCCGCUGGGGUGAGCCACGCCAUCACGCAGGCCUGCAGCAUGGGGGAGCUGCUGCAGUGUGGCUGCGAGCUGACCCGAAGCCGGGCGCCCCCUUCGCCCACGGCAGGUCCAGGCACAGAGGGCACGGCCUGGGAGUGGGGGGGCUGUGGGGAUGAUGUGCAAUUCGGCUAUGAGAAAUCUCAGCAGUUCAUGGAUGCCAAGAGCAAGAAAGGCAAAAAUGACAUCCGAGCUCUUAUUGACCUGCACAACAACGAAGCUGGGCGCUUGGCGGUGCGCAGCUACAUGAGGACAGAGUGCAAGUGCCACGGGCUGUCCGGCUCCUGCACGCUGCGCACCUGCUGGCGGAAGAUGCCGCACUUCCGCGAGGUUGGGGACCGCCUGCUGGAGCGCUUCAACGGCGCUUUCAAGGUGAUGGGCGGCAACGACGGCAAAACCCUCAUCCCCGUGGGUGACAACAUCAAACCUCCAGACAAGCAGGACCUCAUCUACUCAGCCGACUCGCCUGACUUCUGCUCAGCUAACCGUAAGACGGGCUCACUGGGCACCCGAGGCCGCGUCUGCAACAGCACAGCCAUGGACACUAGUGGGUGCGACUUGCUGUGCUGCGGGCGAGGGCACCGGGACGAGACGGUGGUGCUGGAGGAGAACUGCCUUUGCCGCUUCCACUGGUGCUGCGUGGUGCAGUGCCGCAAGUGCUCUGUCCGUCAGGAGCUCAGCCUCUGCGUCUGACGGCCUGGGAGCAGGCGAGGACAAUUUGGAGUGCCACCCUCAGGCUCACACCGUGGCCCCUCUGCGACAGAGACAGGUCGAGGAAGCGGCAGCGAUGGCAUGGGUGAGCCCAGCUCUGUGCCCUGGGGAGUCCCAGCUUUCCCAGCGGACAGCAUGGGGCUGCCUGGCACCCCCGUGGUUCCCACAGUGGGGGCUGUGGGCACAGAGCUCCCUCUAAUAAAGCUAUUUAAAGCUGG